GGGAGGUGUGAGUGAAGGCGUGAGGAGUCGGCCGCUGCUCGCGGGCUCGUUUCUCGCAGGCUCCUGCUCAUGCAGUCAUCUUUCAUUCUUCUCCCCACAAUGACUCCCUCGUUGCUGAGCCCUACUGGAAGAAAUCGUGUCCCGAGUGUUUCCCAAGCUUUCUCAAGUGAUGGGGACACUUGCAGGUGGUUUGAGAACAAAGUUCUGUGCAUUAGUAUCCAUCGUCCCAACGGGUAAUGACACUUCAAUUGCACUUAAGGAGGACCACCCCUCCCCACUGGAUGCAAACUUACUUCGCCUGUUAAUCAAGGCAGUCAUGUCAGCUGAAAUACCAAUCACACUGAAUGUCAAUCCUCAGGAUCUGCAGGUCCAGACAUUCACUGUAGAGAAGCUGCUGGAGCCUCUCAUAAUCCAGGUUACUACACUUGUAAAUUGUCCCCAGAAUCCUUCCAACAGGAAAAAAGGACGUUCAAAAAGAGCCAGAGUCCUUCUAGCUUCUGUGGAGGAAGCAACUUGGAAUUUAUUAGACAAGGGAGAGAAGAUUGCUCAAGAAGCCACAGUUUUAAAGGAAGAGCUUAUUGGGGCCCUUGAGGAAGUUCGCAAAGAAAGUGAAGCUCUGAAAGUAUCAGCUGAGAGAUUUGCAGAUGAUCCCUGUUAUCUCCCAAAAAGGGAGGCUGUGGUUCAAGCUGCCCGUGCCUUGUUGGCUGCAGUUACCAGACUCCUUAUCCUCGCAGAUAUGAUUGAUGUCAUGUGUCUCUUGCAGCAUGUGUCAGCUUUUCAGAGGACAUUUGAGUCUCUUAAAAAUGUUUCCAACAAAUCUGACCUCCAGAAAACCUACCAGAAGCUUGGGAAGGAGCUGGAAAAUCUGGACUACUUAGCCUUCAAACGUCAGCAGGACCUAAAAUCUCCAAAUCAGAGGGAUGAAAUUGCAGGUGCCCGGGCCUCAUUGAAGGAGAACUCCCCCAUACUGCAUUCAAUUUGUUCAGCUUGUUUGGAACAUUCUGAUGUCGCUUCCCUCAAAGCCAGCAAGGACACAGUUUGUGAAGAAAUUCAGAACGCCCUCAAUGUAAUUUCAAAUGCUUCACAAGGCAUCCAGAAUGUGUUAGUCCCACCAGAACCUCAGGCAGCAACCCUGGGAAGUGCCCUUGAUGAGCUUGAGAAUUUAAUUGUCUUGGAUCCACUCACAGUGACUGAGGAGGAAACAAGACCAUCCCUAGAGAAACGCCUCGAAGCCAUUAUCAGUGGGGCUGCUCUGUUGGCUGACUCUUCAUGCACGAGGGAUUUCCAUCGGGAGCGAAUUAUCGCAGAAUGCAAUGCCAUUCGCCAGGCUCUCCAGGACCUGCUUUCAGAGUACAUGAACAAUACUGGAAAAAAGGAAAGGAGUAAUACCUUGAAUAUUGCAAUAGAAAACAUGUGCAAGAAGACAAGAGACCUUCGCAGACAGCUCCGUAAGGCUAUUAUAGAUCAUGUGUCAGACUCCUUUUUGGAUACGACAGUCCCACUUUUGGUUCUCAUUGAAGCUGCCAAGAAUGGCCGGGAAAAGGAAAUAAAAGAAUAUACUGCGAUAUUCCGUGAACACACCAGCAGGCUUGUAGAGGUGGCAAAUCUUGCUUGUUCCAUGUCAACAAAUGAAGAUGGAAUUAAGAUUGUCAAAGUUGCAGCCAAUCACCUGGAAACCUUGUGUCCACAGAUUAUUAAUGCUGCACUUGCUUUGGCUGCAAGACCCAAAAGUCAAGUGGUCAAAAAAACCAUGGAAAUGUACAGAUGCACGUGGGAGAAUCAUAUCCAUGUCCUCACUGAAGCUGUAGAUGACAUUACAAGCAUUGAUGACUUCCUUGCUGUAUCUGAGAGCCAUAUCCUAGAAGAUGUCAACAAAUGUAUCAUAGCCUUGAGAGACCAGGAUGCUGAUAAUUUAGAUCGAGCUGCAGGUGCUAUCAGAGGACGGGCCGCAAGAGUCGCUCACAUUGUCACAGGUGAAAUGGACAGUUACGAGCCAGGAGCUUACACAGAAGGUGUGAUGAGAAAUGUUAACUUCCUGACAAGUACUGCAAUUCCGGAAUUUGUAACACAAGUGAAUGUUGCCUUGGAAGCCUUAAGUAAAAACUCUUUGGAUGUGUUUGAUGAUAAUCAGUUUGUGGACAUCUCAAAAAAGAUCUAUGAUACAAUUCAUGAUAUCAGAUGUUCAGUCAUGAUGAUUCGGACUCCAGAGGAACUAGAGGAUGUUUCUGACCUGGAAGAAGAUCACGAGGUCCGCAGUCACACCAGUGUUCAGACUGAAGGGAAAACUGACCGGGCUAAGAUGACUCAAUUGCCUGAGGCAGAAAAGGAAAAGAUAGCUGAGCAAGUUGCUGAUUUCAAGAAAGUAAAGAGUAAGCUGGAUGCUGAGAUUGAGAUAUGGGACGAUACGAGCAACGAUAUCAUUGUUCUCGCCAAGAAGAUGUGUAUGAUCAUGAUGGAGAUGACAGACUUCACAAGGGGAAAAGGACCACUGAAGCAUACAACUGAUGUGAUCUAUGCAGCUAAAAUGAUAUCAGAAUCAGGAUCAGGGAUGGACGUCCUUGCUCGGCAGAUUGCCAACCAGUGCCCAGAUCCAUCAUGCAAACAGGACUUGUUGGCCUACCUGGAACAGAUUAAAUUCUACUCUCACCAGCUGAAAAUCUGCAGUCAAGUUAAAGCUGAGAUCCAGAACCUGGGAGGAGAGCUCAUCAUGUCAGCGUUGGACAGUGUCACCUCCCUGAUCCAAGCAGCCAAAAAUUUAAUGAAUGCUGUAGUGCAAACAGUGAAAAUGUCUUACAUUGCCUCAACCAAGAUCAUCCGAAUUCAGAGUCCUGCUGGGCCCCGGCACCCAGUUGUUAUGUGGAGAAUGAAGGCUCCUGCAAAAAAACCCUUGAUUAAAAGAGAGAAACCAGAGGAAACGUAUGCAGCUGUCAGACGAGGCUCAGCAAAGAAAAAAAUCCACCCAGUGCAAGUGAUGAGUGAAUUUAGAGGAAGACAUAUCUACUGAAACCACUCUUCUACUCUAGUGUUUAUAUUACAAAGUCCUGGCUAAACACACUGCUUUAUUUUUACACUUGAUUAGUUCUGUAAGUUCACUAACUUAGAAUUUAACCCACAAAUAAUGUAAAACACUGAAAGCCUAACCAACAUGAGCAACAUAUAUUUGGGAUCAUGCCAUUGUCAUUUCUGUAUGGCCAGCAAGCAUCUGUUGAUUACUUAUUAAUAAGUAAUCAACAGAUGCUUGCUGAAUGAAUGAAAUCUUUCAGGUAUCAUUCAGCCUUUCCCAUCACAGAGAAUAUCUUAUAUUCAUUACUAAAUGAGCACAGGAGACUCAAAAUGAGUCCUGUUCAUCUGUAACAGCUUAAGUAUACUCACCCUUUUCAUUUUGAGUUAAAAUAGUGAUAUGAGCUCUUGACUUGGUUUUCAAUGGAAACAAAAGAUUUCAUAAAAUACUUUCCCAUUUAAUCUCCAUACUUCCUUUAUCUGAUGUAACCUGACAGACAUGUGUGAUUCCUUCUACAGGGAAAAAAAAAAAAAAAAUCAAUCUCUAGAUAUUUGUGACAACUGUCAACUGAUUGGGCUAAUAUCCAUCAGAAACUAACCAAGCUUGAGCAAUCAAGUUACUUUCUGGAUUUUCAAGGUCCGCCUUAAUUAUUUAUGAAACAAUUUAUUAACAUUAUAAAGUUUACAAUGAGUUUUCAUGCCACAAAUGUGCAUUUCAGGACUCCACUGUGUUCAGCAGUUCUGCACGUUGAGUUUUGGAGUUAGAAAGGCCCACCAGAAUACUACAUAUAUGGAGGAAGAGUUAUCAAUCAUCCAUUGGGGAAAUGGGCAUUUAACUCUAUCCCCAAGCGAGUUAUGAUUGAUAACAGAAAUGCAAGGAGUUCUGCAUGACUCCAUUUGUAUCACCUUGCAAGUGUAAUUAAAAGGAAAAGGCCAGUUGGAAAAACAUUUUGUCAUUGAGUAAAAUAUAACUCAAAAAAUGUGUGUGAAUUGUACCACUGAACUCUGAAGUAGAGUUAGUGGCAAAGAAGCUGGAGUGAUUUUAAUAACAUUUUUUAAAAUAAAAGUCACUGAGGUCAUUUUAUAA